AUGGCAGUCAUGGACGAGAUGCCGGCUCCAGAGCCUUUCGAGGCUCCGACCCAGCUGGAGGAGCCGGAGGCAACCCAAAUCGAGGAAGACGAGACAGAUGUCGAGGAGCAGGAAGACUUGUCCAGCCACGAGUACGAGGAAGCAGGAGAGGAAGAGGUGGCGCCUGCGACGGCCUUCGAGUUAGAGAACUCCACAGCCGAUGAAGCCGAAGAGGUUGAUGAGGUCGGGCAGAAUACUGAGGAAGGCGAGGAUGAGGAGGAGCAGGAGGAGCCGGAGGAGCCGGAGGAGCCGGAGGAGCAGGAGGAGGACCGGGCAGAGGAGGAGUGCGCAUUGGAAGAGGCAGAGGAGCAGGAGAAGAAGGAGGAGGAGAAAGCGGAUGUGGUCGAGGAAGUUGGAGACGCGGAUCCCGAGGAUUUGGUUGACGAGAGCACAGUGGACAGGGAGGCUGAUCAGCAAGAAGCCCAUGAGGAACACAUCGCAAGCGAAGACGUCUAUCCAGAAUCCGUGGAGAAGACAGGACAAGAGGUCGAAACCCAGCUGCCGAAGGAUAAACAGGAAAGCGAACUCCAGGACGAAGGUUUACCUCGAAAGACGGCUUUGAAGACGACAAGAAAAACACAACAGAAGCAAUGCAAGGCCAAGCGACAAGCAGAACAGGAGAGAAAGGCGGCGGAGGCGGAGGCCAGGAAGCUGGUGGAGGCGAAGAAGGAAGCCGAGAAGGCUCAUGCAGAGGAGGCGCAGAAGGAGGCGCAGGAAGAGAAGAAACAGAAGCAAGAGGCCAAACGACAGGAGGCCAAAAAGAAGGAGGCUGAGAAGGCCGUAGCCGCCCGGGCCGAAGAAGCUGCCAAGCGCAAGGCAGAUGAGGAGGAGAAGAAGGCGGAGGAGGUUCACCCGAUGCCCGAGAUGCAAAUGCCCGAGCCGGUGACACCCAGAAGAGUGAGGAAGUCCACUGAAGGCCAUGAGGAUUGCGCCACUCGGAGCGUGCCGCGAUCCGCCAGGAAAGGGAGGUUUCUGGCAUUCGUGGCGAAGAAGCGCCAAACCAGCUUUGGUCGCAAGGUCUCUGAUCAGGCUCAACCCUCGUCUCGUGUUGAAAGCACGCCACAACGGGCACGAGGCACCUUGUCGCAGCUGAUCAUGAACCGUCGGCCACCCACACCACUGAAGCGGCACGUCAAGAAGCCCACGCUGGUCUCGUGCGCAGAGCCACCAAGACGGGUCAAGGGAAAGCAGUGUCCAGGGCACCGAGCGCUGCAAGCGAACGCGGGAAAACCUGCAGUCGACAAGCCAAAGGCGAAGGCGAAAGCCGCCGAGGUGCAGCUUGCGACCAACGUGGUAGGGGAGUGUGCACAGGAUGCUUACCAGAUCUUCAGCCAUUUCGAGGGCACCGCCGGCGCAGACCCCUCGGCCUGCUUGGCACGCCUCCGCGCUCUGCGCGAGCUGCAGGGAGAUGCUCAGAUGGCAAAGGCCCUGGAGAACUGUGCGGAGGCCAUGCUCUGCGGUGGUGACUGCCGUUCAAGCUUCUUGCUGGUCGAUGGCUGCCUCGAUCUGCUCGCCACGGUGGCUCUGGAGGCGGAAGCCGAAGAGAAGACUCCCGGCCGGCUCUUGUCCUGGCUUGUACAGCGGCUCGGAAGCGAGGCCCAGGCGCUUCGGGAUCGAGCCGCCCGCUGCCGGGCAGCCUGCCUCCUGUGGCGCUUGCUUCCUCCUCUGGGCGACCCCAGCGCGCAGGUCCUUGGCAGGCACCUCACCGAAGCUGCUGGCCUCGCACUGCUAGACCUUGCCAAGGACCGUUCUCCGCCCGUGCGGCUAGCAGCUGCCCGUGGCCUUAGCCGUGUCGAAGGUGAGGAUUUCCAUGCUGCGUUGCUACAUCUUGCCAGCCGCGAUAUCACCCCUGCCGUCCGCGCAACGGCAGUUCUGAGCCUUGGCGACAGGGGUGCAGCCGAGGAGGCAGCAGGGCGAUGCCUGGACGCCGCCCCGCGCGUCCGCUGUCGACUCUUUGAGGCCUUAGAGAAGCAGGAUCCCGGAAAGCUGCCGGCCGAGAUCGUGCGAAUCGGAUUCCGUGAUGCCAGCGCCGAGGUUCGAGAUGCCUGCCAGACCUACCUUUUGCGCUGGCUGGCCAAGCAGCGCGAAGACAAAGGUGCUGAAGCCGUGCUCCAGGACAUGAUCCGGCAGCUCGACGAGACGACUGCAGAGAUGGCUCUAAAAGUUGUCUUCGCACGCUCGGACUGGGCUGCCUGCCUUGAUUCCGUGGCCACCAGGGCACCCGGCACUGAUGCCUCUGCUGCGCUGAUGUGGCGCGUGGCAGCGCAGCUUUCCGAUGCUCCAGUACUGGAUGCCGAACCGCUGCCUUACCAGGCUAUGUCAGCAGUGGUUGAUGAGCAGUGGUCGUUGCUGCGCCAACUGCUUUGGCGACUACUCCAAGAGGAGGGUGGAAGUACAACGGAUCUUGUGGAGGUGGCCGACACAGUGCUGCGUGAGGCGCCUGCUCCAGAUGAGGUGGGAGAUUCGGCCACGGGGACCACAUUGUACCAUCUGGCCGCGGCCGUUUUGCGCAGAGCCGACCCUGAGGGCGUCAACUCUGCUGUACUUUCGCUGCUGGAACAUCUGCAGAACGAUGACGAGACACGGCAGUUUGACGGCUUCCUGAAGAAGAAGAAUGCCGCAGAAUCUGCCCGACUGGCAGAGAGCGUGUCUCAAAGGACACUGCGAGGCCUUUGCGUCAUCGACGCAGCACUGUCACUUUCCUCGGUGCAGGCCGGUUCUGAGGAUGUGGCUCCUCUACUAGGUGGAAAUGAGCUCCUUCAUACUUGGCUGCGUCCGGCACUGACCCGCGCCGAUGCUGCCGAGCCACUGCUUGGAGCGAGCUGGUCCCGCCACCGCAUACUGGCCAUCAGGUGCAUGGCUUUACUCACCUCUGUGGAGCCGGAAGUUGCCUCCACUCACUGGCCCUUCUUCCUGUCCCUGCUCCGACGGUUUGGGAGUCGGUCGGGGCGGGAGGCAGAAAUCAUCUCGCAGACCUGCUCCAUGUUCCUGUCCGACGUCUUGCUGCUGCACAGUGGAGUGAGUGAGUGGUUUCCCGACCCGGCGGCCAAGUCCGCAGCUCUGCUCGCGGCUCUGCGGAAGGCGCAGGCCGUGUCACCACCCUUACGCAGGAAGCUGUCCGAGAAGAUUGCCAUGAUGAUGCUGUAUGGUGCCGAUAGAGAGAUCACCAUGGAGUCGACGUGGGCACUGACCUCCAUGAUGCUCGAGGUCUUUCAUCACCCCGCUGGCAAGCCCAGUGCCGAAGUCGCGGGCUCUGCAAAACUGGACCUAGAGGAGGCGGAGGAGGCUGCUCAUCGUGGGCGACUUCUGUGCUUUUUCG